CCCCCUCCUCUUUCCCCUCCGACUUCUUCCCAGACUUUGGAAUUCUCAGGGAAUUCCCAACGCUUGGAAAACCUCCGGAAAUUCACGGAAUAUUCCCUGCAAUUCCGAGCUUUCAACCGGCACGGGGCGGGAAUUCCAUCGGAAAAAUUGACCAUCACCACCCUUUCUGAUGUUCCCAGCGCUCCACCCCGGAAUCUUUCCUUGGAAGUGGUGAAUUCCCAGAGCAUCAAAGUGAGUUGGUUGCCCCCUCCUGAAGGAUCCCAGAACGGAUUCCUGACCGGAUAUCGCAUCAAACACCGGAAAAUCGACCGGAAAGGGGAGAUGGAAACGUUGGAACCCAACAAUCUUUGGUACCUCGUGACGGGGUUGGAGAGGAGCAGCCAGUACGGCUUCCAGGUGGCGGCGAUGACGGUCAAUGGAUCGGGGCCAUUUACGGAGUGGGCGAUGGCUGAGACGCCGGAAAAUGACCUGGAUGAAUCCCAGGUGCCGGAACAGCCGGGUUCCCUCCAGGUGCUCCCCCUCUCCACGGGCAUCGUGACGUCAUGGACCCCCCCCCGGGGGGCGGGGGUGGCCGUGCGGGGUUACAUCCUGGGCUACGGGGUGGGCAGCCCCUACGCCCACACCGUGAGGGUGGAUGGCAAACAGAGGCACUACAGCAUCCAGCAGUUGGAGCCCAACUCCCACUACGUCAUCUCCCUCAAAGCUUUCAACAACGCCGGCGAGGGGGUUCCGCUCGAAAGCGCCACCACCCGACCCCUCCCAGAGGAUUCUCCGCCGGAUCCGUGGCCGGACGCGUUGGCCACGCCCGCCCCUCCCCCCGGCCCCGGGGAUGCCCCUCCCCCCAUGCUGCCCCCCGUGGGGGUGCAGGCGGUGCCCGUGGGGCCCGAGGGGGUCAGGGUGACCUGGGCUGACAAUUCCAGCCCCAGGAAUCCCAAAUCCUGGGAAUCCAGGUUCUACACCGUCAGGUGGAGACCCAGCCACGCCCCCGGGGCAGGGGGAGCCAAGUACAAGUCAGCAGACACCACAGCCCUGAGCCACACGGUGCUGGGGCUGAAGGCCAACACCAUGUACGAGUUCUCGGUGAUGGUGACCAAGGGCCGGCGCUCCAGCACCUGGAGCAUGACUGCCCACGCCACCACCCACGAGGCUGCUCCGGGCUCGGCCCCCAAGGACGUGACGGUGAUCGGGAGGGAGGGGAGGGGGAGGUCGGUGACGAUCAGUUGGCAACCGCCGCUGGAAGCCAACGGCAAAAUCAUCGCCUACCAGCUGUUGUACACGUCAGACCGUUCGUCCCCGCUGGCCUCGUGGUCGAUGGAAUCGGUGCCCGGCGAUCGCCUCACGCUCCAGCUCCCCCUCCAAUCAGACACCAUUUACCACUUCCGCCUCCAGGCUCGCAAUUCCAAAGGGCUCGGACCCCUCUCCGACCCCGGCUGGUUCCGCACCCCAAAAGCGGAACAGCCCGAUAAAAUGGCCAACGAUCAAGGUCGGCAGGUGGAUGGUUCCUAUUGGCCUUUGGACCCCAACCUCAUCGACCGCAGCAGCAUCAACGACGCCGCCGUGGGUCCCGCUCGUUCCCGCCCGGGGGGUGUCGAUGGUGUCGAUGGUGUCGAUGGUGUCGGUGCCGGUGUCGAUGGUGUCGAUGGUGUCGAUGGUGUCGGUGCCGGUGUUGGUGGUGCCGGUGCCGCCCCCCCGGCGCUGUUGGUGGUGGGCGGGGCCGGGGCUCUGGUGGCGCUGCUGGCGGUGGCGGCGGGAGCCGCCCUGCUCUGCUCGAGACGCGCGGCCAGGAGGCACCGCAAAAAACGCAAAGGCAACCCCAAAGAUCUCCACCCUCCCGACCUUUGGAUCCACCACGAGGAGCUGGAGCUGAAAAACGUGGACAAAGCAUCGACCAAACCAUCGACCAAACCAUCGACCAAACCAUCGACAGCGGAGCCGCCCCCAAACGAUUCCCAAAUCCAGGAGAUUCCCACGGAAAAUAAAAACAACGGCCAGGGGG